AUGGGUCUCGGCGCAGUCGAUGCGAACGCCGCGCCAGUGGCGGCGGCGCAGUCAGCAGCGGUGCACAGUGGCCUUCACAGGCGCCAGAUAGCGCGCAUCCUGCUCGCUGUUGGGCUCGGCAUCAUCCUCGACGACUUUGUCGUGUUUAGUAACCUGUCGGCGGUCAUCACCAAGGCGUUCUUCCCGCCGGGAAACCCGGCCACCGAGGCUCUCCUGUUCUGGGGGAUAUUCGCGGUCGGCUUUGUGGCGAGGCCGGCUGGCUCGAUCCUCUUUGGACACAUCGGCGACAUGUACGGCCGCCGCCCCUGCCUCGUCGCCACGGUGUCCAUCAUGGGCGUCGCCACCGUCCUCAUCGGCUGCCUGCCCACCUACCAGAUGAUCGGCCUCGCCUCCCCCAUCCUCCUGGCGCUGCUGCGGCUGGUGCAGGGACUCGCCAUGGGCGGGGAGUUCGGCUGCAGCCUGGUGUACUUGCAUGAGGUUGCGCCCCCCAAACGCAAGGGCCUGUCCGGCUCCAUGGGCUUUGCCGCCGCGAUCGGCGGCAUCGCGCUGGGCGUGGCGCUGGUUAUGAUCGUGACGGCGGCCUGCACCAAGGAGCAGCUGGCGGUGUGGGGCUGGAGGGUGCCGUUCCUGCUGGCGUCAGUGACGGCGGUGGCGGCGGUGCUGCUGCGCGCUCACAUGCAGGAGCCCGAGGAGUGGACGGCCGCGAAGCGCGAGUCCGACGCGGCCGCCAAGGCCGACGCCGCCGACGCCGCCGCAGCCCCGCUCUCCCGCGCGGCGCGCUUCAGGCGGCAGCCGUUUGUCGCGCUGCUGACGAGCAACUGGUGGCAGCUCGGGCUGCAGUUCCUUUUUGAGGCCGCCGUCAGCGUCAGCUUCUGGCUGUGCACGUCCUACCUCCCCGGCUUCUUCCAGAAGACUGUUGGGCUUCCGGCUGAGCUGUCCCUCGGGAUGUUGCUUUUCAACCUCAUCGCGAUGUGCCCUGUCAUCAUGCUCAGCGGCUGGGCGGCCGACAGGCCCGGGUUCCAUCGGGUGGUGGGCGCCCUGAUGGCGUAUGGGCUGAGCGCUGCGAUGAGCGCGCCCAUGUUCCUCGCCUUUCAGGCUUCCAAGACCGCCUACACCUGCUGGCUGCUGCAGCUCGUCUACAUGCUGCUCCUCGCCUGGGUCCUGGGCAUGGUGCCCGUCUCUAUGUCCUGCCUCUACCCCCCGACGCAGCGCGCGUCAGGCUUCAACUUUGGCCACAACUGCGCCAUGAGCCUCAUGGGAGGGCUGGCCCCGACGGUGGUGACGGCCAUCGGCCUGACGACAGGCAACACCCUGACCGCCCCCGGCUUUUACAUGCUGGCCUGCACCCUGCUGUCCAUCGUGGCGGGCGUCGCCAUCACCAUCCUGGUGCCAGAGUCGAACAGGUCGCCAAAGGACCCGGCGGCCGACCUGGCGGUCGCAGUGGAGCAGGCGUGA